UAUGGCUAAUAGACACGUCCAUCAGAGUGACGGUUGGAGGAGGCAGAGGUGGUCGUGUUUGGGAAAAAAGAUCGGAAGGUGUCGCAGUAAAUAGGAAAAAUUUUCAAGAUGGCCGAAAACCUUCUGGAGAAAAUUGAAAGCUUCGUCACAUAAAGACCUGGGAGAAUGAAGCAAAAUAGACUAAAAGAAAAAGUUGAGACACAGCUGCCUCCAGAUGUCGAUAAAGGGAAAAAAAGACGAAAGACCAGCUUGACUCCAGGCAGUGAGACUUUGAGUGCACGUCAUGUAGAUUGGGGAAAUCUGCACUAUGAUGUGAUUCUGCACAUCUUUCAGUACCUACCAUUGGUGGAUCGGGCUUACGCGUCAUCAGUCUGUAGAACAUGGAAUGAAGUCUUUCACAUGCCUGAGCUGUGGAGACGAUUUGAGUUUGAACUGAGCCAGCCAGCCACAUCCUAUCUGAAGUCAACUCACCCAGAUCUGAUCCAACAGAUAAUAAAAAAACAUGCAGAUCAUUUGCAGUAUGUCAGUUUUAAGGUUGACAGUAGUACUGAGUCUGCAGAAGCAGCUUGUGAUAUUCUUUCACAAUUGGUCAACUGUUCCAUAAAGACCUUGGGGCUGAUCUCCACAGCAAGACCUAGUUUCAUGAAUUUGUCAAAGUCCCGUUUUGUGUCAGCCCUGACUGUGGUGUUUGUGAACUCAAAAUCACUGUCAUCGAUCAAGAUUGAUGAUACUCCAGUGGAUGACCCAUCUCUUAAGGUGUUGGUGGCAAAUAACAGUGACACUUUGAAAUUGUUGAAAAUGAGUAGUUGUCCUCAUGUCUCACCUGCAGGUAUUCUUUGUGUAGCAGAUCAGUGUUACGGCCUCAGAGAGUUGGCACUAAACUAUUACCUUCUGAGUGAUGAGUUGCUAUUGGCUUUAUCCAGCGAGAAGCACGUUCAUCUGGAACACCUUCGCAUUGAUGUGGUCAGUGAGAACCCUGGACAGACACAGUUCCACAGUAUCAAAAAGAGUAGUUGGGAUGCUCUUGUGAAACAUUCUCCAAAGGUCAACAUUGUCAUGUACUUCUUUCUAUAUGAAGAAGAAUUUGAUCCAUUUUUCCGUGAUGAAACCCCAGUCACACACAUCUAUUUUGGCCGUGCAGUCAGCAAAGAACUGUUGGGUCGUAUUGGAAUGAACUGUCCAAGAUUGAUCGAACUAGUGGUUUGUGCAAAUGGCCUUCAGCCUCUGGAUGAUGAAUUGAUUUGCAUUGCAGAACGUUGCAAAAACCUUACAGCGAUGGGUCUGGGUGAAUGUGAGGUUUCGUGCAGUGCAUUUGUGGAGUUUGUAAAAAUGUGUGGAGGACGGUUGACCCAGCUGUCCAUUAUGGAGGAAGUACUAAUACCAGAUCAGAAAUAUAAUUUGGAGCAAAUCCACUGGGAAGUCUCCAAGUACCUGGGAAGAGUAUGGUUCCCAGAUAUGAUGCCCACCUGGUAGAUGUUUUGCAGAUUAAUUAAAUUUCGAAGAGGAGCACAGCAAGAUUGUGGGGGUAGUUCAUAACUAUUUUAACAGUGAAUAAAGCAUGCAGAUAAAUAGAUGGUAAACCAUAAUACAGACUUAAAAUUAAUACACCUAUAUAUGUCUAACAUUUAUUUGAAUGCACUUUUCAAUCCAGUAUGUCAGGAAUUGAUGACACUGAUUUUGACUGUAAAUCUAAUUGCAUACAGGUUGCAUCUUAAAUAUUUCAUGCUUUGAAAAUGUUUUAUCUAAUCUUGUGUGACUUCUUAUGGAUUAGACCGGGUAAAGAUUGUGACUUUAAAGAAUGUACAUUUUCAUUAAUCAUGGAAACAAAUUGAAUAAUGUAUAGUAAUCAAAUCUACCUUAAAAUCUUUUGCCUCAGAGAGGGAGAAAGAGAGAGAGAGCUUCAGGAAGCUGACAAGUUAACUAUUAUUCAUUUGUAACUGUAUCCAACAAAUCCACUUUUCAAUAUGUAGAAUUUUCACAUUUGAGCUGGAUGAUCUGACUUGACUGACCUGUCGAAGGAGGGUUAGGUUGCAAAGAAUCACAGCAGUUGGGAGGUUGGGGGUCUGGAAGGGAAAGGAUGGUGGUUAGAGGCCUCCAGAAUGAAAUUGGAGAGCAUUUAGAAGUAUUGUGAUGAGGGUGGGUGGGUUGACAAGCAUUUUGAAUCCAGUACAUAGUUGCAAAGGUCUUUAUUUCCUGAUUCAGCAGUCUCUCCCCAAUCUAGUUAAUGGGUUAAAUUUCAAAUGUGGAAAACGAAUGAAGCAUGCAAUUAACACCAUCCCCUCUCUCUUAAUAUCCACCUCCAGUCAAGCCCUUCCAUAUAUAAUGCAAACCUUCAAAGUUUGUGCGAAGAUUUGUAGCUCGGGUGCUUGUUGUAGUGGUUCUGUUCGCCGAGCUGGAAGUUUUGGUUGCAAA